AUGUACAGUAUUAUUGAUGGACAUUAUUCUCUUUCAGUGUCAAACAGAACCAGAAUUGUCAUCCUGGGAAAAACUGGAAGUGGGAAAAGCAGCCUGGCUAACACCAUAUUUGGAGAUGAACUGUUCAAGAUCGGCCACACUGCCAACUCUGAAACUAGUAAAUGUGGAGCCAUAACAAAAUCUGUCAAUGGAAGAAACAUCACUUUGAUCGACACUCCUGGUUUCUUCGACACAGAUCGAUCUGAGGAGGAGCUGAAGCCUGGAAUAGUGAGGUGUAUCACAGAGUGCGCUCCUGGGCCUCAUGCUUUUCUCAUUGUGCUUAAAGUGGAGAGAUUCACAGAGCAGGAGCAGGCUGUCAUCGCUAAAAUAAACCACUACUUUUCUGAAGAAGUUCUCAAGUAUUCCACAGUUCUCUUCACUCAUGGUGACCAGCUCGAGGAAGGACAGACCAUUGAGGACUUUGUCCGUGGUAAUGAGCUUCUGAGUGAUCUGGUGAAGAAGUGCGGAGGCCGCUGCCAUGUCGUUGAUAAUAAAUACUGGAAGAACAACCAGCAGGAUGAAUACAGGAACAACCAGUUCCAAGUGAAGGAGCUGCUCAAAACAAUGGAUAAGAUAACUGAGGCAAACAGAGGAAGCUACUACACCAAUGAGGUGCUACAAGCAGUGGAGGAAGAAAUAAAACAGGAGGAGGAGCUCAUUAGACAGUCACUAGGAAACAUGUCAGAGAUAGAGAUCAGAGAGAAGGCUAAUGACAGAGUAUAUGACAGGCUAUUGAUUAGUGUGGCAGCUUUUACAGCAGUGCCAAACACAUUGAGGAUUGUCCUACUGGGAAAAACAGGAGUUGGAAAGAGCAGCCUUGCUAACAACAUAUUUGGAGAGGCCAUAUUCAAAAUAAACAAUUUCAAUGACUUGGAAAGGCACUGUACUACACCCGAAACCAAAUAUGCCAAUGGAAGAAGCAUCACUUUGAUCGACACUCCUGGUUUCUUUGACCAAGGCAGGUCUGAGGAGAAGAUGAAGCCUGAGAUAGUGAGGUGCAUCACAGAGUGCGCUCCUGGGCCCCAUGCUUUUCUCAUUGUGCUUAAAGUGGAGAAAUUCACAGAGCACGAGAAGGCUGUCAUCACACAGAUGUGUGAAGAUUUCUCUGAAAAUGCUCUAAACUAUGCUGUGAUUGUCUUCACUCAUGGUGACCAACUCCCAGAGGGAAUGAAAAUGGAGGAGUAUGUCGAGGAAAGUAAGGGUCUGAGUGAUCUGUUGAAGAAGUGUGGGGGCCGAUGCCACGUCGUUGAUAAUAAAUACUGGAAGAACAGCCAAGAAGUCUACAGAAGUAACCAGUUCCAGGUGGCAGAGCUGCUCAACACCAUAGACAAGAUGGUGAGAGAAAACAAUGGAGGAUUCUACACUGAUGAAAAGCUAAAAGAAGUGGAGAGAAAAAUUCUGGAAGAGGAAGAGCUCAUCAGACGAUCAUCAGGAAACAUGUCACAGGAAGAGACCAGGAAGCAGGCUAAGAGCAACGUCUUCAAGAAGCAGGUGGAUGAUGCAGCUCCAACAAGGAGGAGAGUUUUAAUGAAGUUUGCAGUCAUAGCUGGAUUAUUUGCAAUAGUCUCAGCUCUGUUGAUCAAUUCAAAAUUUGUGAAGGUGUUAAAGAAGUGGUGGUUGUCAAACAGAACGAGAAUUGUCAUCCUGGGAAAAACUGGAAGUGGGAAAAGCAGCCUGGCUAACACCAUAUUUGGAGAUGAACUGUUCAAGAUCGGCCGCACUGCCAACUCUGAAACUAGUAAAUGUCGAGCCAUAACAAAAUCUGUCAAUGGAAGAAACAUCACUUUGAUCGACACUCCUGGUUUCUUCGACACAGAUCGAUCUGAGGAGGAGCUGAAGUCUGAAAUAGUGAGGUGUAUCACAGAGUGCGCUCCUGGGCCUCAUGCUUUUCUCAUUGUGCUUAAAGUGGAGAGAUUCACAGAGCAGGAGCAGGCUGUCAUCGCUAAAAUAAACCACUACUUUUCUGAAGAAGUUUACAAGUAUGCGACAGUUCUCUUUACUUAUGGUGACCUGCUCCCUGAAGGACAGACCAUUGAGGACUUUGUCCGUGGUAAUGAACUCCUGAGUGAUCUGGUGAAGAAGUGCGGAGGCCGCUGCCAUGUCGUUGAUAAUAAAUACUGGAAGAACAACCAGCAGGAUGAAUACAGGAACAACCAGUUCCAAGUGAAGGAGCUACUCAAAACAAUGGAUAAGAUAACUGAGGCAAACAAAGGAAGCCGGUACACCCGACAGACCAUUGAGGACUUUGUCCGUGGUAAUGAACUCCUGAGUGAUCUGGUGAAGAAGUGCGGAGGCCGGUGCCAUGUCGUUGAUAAUAAACACUGGAAGAACAACCAGCAGGAUGAAUACAGGAACAACCAGUUCCAAGUGAAGGAGCUACUCAAAACAAUGGAUAAGAUAACUGAGGCAAACAAAGGAAGCUGCUACACCAAUGAGAUGCUACAAGCGGAGGCAGAAGGGGCGGUAGAGGCAGAGGCAGGGGCAGAGACUUUGGCGAAAACACCCAACCCGAAGUCUUCGUGUGCCAUCAGCGUGGCCGACCUGGACAUGGGACAGACCAUUGAGGACUUUGUCCGUGGUAAUGAGCUUCUGAGUGAUCUGGUGAAGAAGUGCGGAGGCCGCUGCCAUGUCGUUGAUAAUAAAUACUGGAAGAACAACCAGCAGGAUGAAUACAGGAACAACCAGUUCCAAGUGAAGGAGCUGCUCAAAACAAUAGAAAAGAUAUCUGAGGCUAACGGAGGAAGCUACUACACCAAUGAGAUGCUACAAGCAGUGGAGGAAGAAAUAAAACAGGAGGUGGAGCUCAUUAGAAAGUCACCAGGAAACAUGUCAGAGGAAGAGAUCAGAGAGAAGGCUAAAGACAGAGU